AUUGCAGGUCAGCCUGGACAACAAGCCAUGUAUGGAGGACUUGGAGGUGUUAUGGCCAGUGCUCAGCCUCCCCCGCCAGUAUGGAUGCCAAAACCAGCAACAGGAGCACCAAAUUGUCCCCCGGGACUAGAAUAUCUGACCCAGAUUGACCAAAUUCUCAUCAAACAAAAGAUCGAGCUAAUGGAAUUGUUUACAAACUGGGAAGCAAAGAAUAAAUAUAGAAUUCUUAAUACCCUGGGACAACAAGUUUAUUUUGCCAAAGAGGUGAAUUUACUUAAGUUCGAUUAUGUAGGAAGCUAUAAACUUAUGGAAACAUUCAAUAAUGCGUUCCUAGAAUUAACAAGGCCUGCAGCUCGAAGAUGUGCUAGCAGACCUCACAUUGAAGUCCCUGAGGGAGAAACACUGACUGGUCGGCGGAAUCAAGAUUAUAUUGACGUUGCUAGUGAAAGGCUGUAUGUUGGUGCAUCUGGUGAUGAGUUCAGUUUGAUUGACAAUAAUAUUCGUCCUCAGUUUGUUGCUGAAAACUUGAUGUCGUACUUGUUAUAUUAA